AUGCCUCGCGAUUUGACAGCAUGCGGGAGGUACCCUCCCCAGCCGCUGCACAAGCCAAUCGCCUUCUACAGUUGUGCCAGGCUUGGGGACCCGGACCAGUUGGCGAAGAUCGUGGCCACGGAUCCCUACUUCAUCACCCAGGACAACGGAGCAGGGGCACCGUUGCAUUUUGCAACAACGUAUAAACAGCUAGACAUGGUUCACCACCUUCUCAACAAUGGGGCGGAGAUCAAUCAACGCGACGAGAAGGGCUUCACACCUCUCCACAGGGCGGCAUAUCUCUCCCACUAUGAUGGUUAUUUGGAGAUUUACGAGUACCUGCUGAGUCGUGGUGCGGAUCCAAGCAUCAGGACGGAAAAUUACGACCCCUACUUGAGCCCUGGCAAAAAGCUGCCCAUCGACGUGGCUCUGGAUGAUGAUGAGAUUCGCAGCAAGCUACGCGCCCUGGACAAAAAGUAUGCCAAGGUGAAGAAAGUGCGGGAGCCCCAUCCUGACAUCGGGUGCUGGUGGACGCUGUAUGACUAUGGGCUGGACGCCAUCAAGAAGUGGGACAAGGAAUACAAGCACCCCUAUCCAGGUGAGAGCCACCCCCGUGACGUGCACAUAAGACCCUGCAAGCUCAAAACAAACAUGCAUUGGGAGAAGGCACAUCCUUCACACAAGCAAACUUGA